CUUCGUAUCUCCCCUGCCCCUGCCCCCGCCCCCGCUGCCGCCCCCUCCAUCACCAUCUCCCUCCUCCCUCUUCCUCUCCUGCACUCAACUUCAGCCCUCGCCACUUGGCCUGUCACGUUCCCUCACGCGCUGCAUUAUCCUCUUCAAAGCGCAUUGCGCACAUGGCGGCCAACCCCUUCCCGGCGUCAAAGGCGGCGCAGCAUGCCGACCUUUCGUCUCUCAUCGGCCAUGAUGACGGCGGACAGGCCCGCAUGCCCUCCGAGGACACCAUCGCCGCCCUCCUCCACGCCCGCGCUCGUGCAGAGCUUCCUUUUACCCGCGUGUCACCCUCGGGCACCGACUAUGUCGUCGUAAACCCAUUGCGUGUACUCUCGGGCCUCAAUGAGGAACACCGUCGAGGUUACCAGGAGGACAUUGAGCGUCCAGACGGAGGCUUGGGCAACUCGCGCCAGCCCAGCGCUUAUGAGCUGGCUGGCCGUGUGUGGCUUCUCAUGUCUCGCAAGCAGGAGGAUCAGACGGUGCUGUACCAUGGUUUGUCGGGCUCAGGUAAGAGCUCAACAAUGCGGCACACCACGUCACAGAUUAUCCAUCUCGCAUCGACCACCAAGGCGCAGCGCCGCCUCGGCGAUCAGAUCACUCAGCUCCUUACAGUGCUCGAGGCAUUUGGACAUUCGAAGACGGCCCUCAACCCCUCAGCAUCGCAGGUCGGCAAGUACCUCGAGCUACACUUUAGCCCAGAUGGUGCGUUGACAGGCGCCCAGGCGCUGGUCAUGGGGCUCAACAAGUCACGCAUCGGCCAACUGUUGCACGAGGAACGCACAUUCCAUGUUUUCUACCAGCUGCUCGCUGGCGCAACGCCAAUGGAACGUGAAGAGCUCGGCAUUGAUGACCCGGAUAUGUACGCGCUGCUCGCGUCCAGCGGGUGCUACAACUUGCCCAACGGGCCCUUCUCCGAUGACGCGACACAGCUCGGCGAGCUACGCGCGGCAUUCGCAUCGCUGGGGUUGAAGCCCAAGCACGUCAGGUCCAUUUUCUCCGUGCUCGUCGCUAUCCUGAACCUCUCCAACCUUACGUUUACCGACACCCGCCAAGCCGGCUCGCUGGGCAUGACUUCUUUCGAGGAGCGCACCCAGGUUGUUGAGCACGAGCUUCUCAACCACGUCUCGAUUCACCUCGGUGUUGACCCUGAGGAGCUCGCCGAAGUUCUGACCAACAGGACCAAGUGGGUCUCGCACGACCUAGCCUCCGUCUUCCUUGACGCCGAGGGUGCGGCUAGCCAGCGCGACUCGCUCAUGCGCGACCUGUACGCCAUUUUGUUCGCAUUCGUCCUUGAGAUGGCCAACAAGCGUCUUGCGCCCGAUUCGGUAUCGCUGCAGAUAGCCCAGCUCGACCUUCCCGGCUGGCAGAGCCGCACGCUGGCUGCCGAGGUCGACCCACGGCGGCAACAUCUUCUCACGGCCGCCCCGCUGAUCCAAGCCAACGGACAGAACGGCUUCUACGAGUUCAGCGUCAACUUUGCCAGCGAGGUGCUUCACUCGUACAUGCUUCGCCGGACAUUCGACGACGACCUCAGCUGGAACGCUGACAUUGUUGCGGACGGAGUCAAGCUUCCCGCAGUGCAGACCUUGAACAACAUCGGCUGCGUUGAGCUGCUUCGCGGCGGCGUCAUGGGCAUCCCACAGCUGGCUGCCAACCCCACGGGCAUGAUUGGCCUGCUCGCCCAGGCUGGCGAGCGGUACAAGGGCGAGGACCGGGAGGAGGUCAAGGCCGACGUCGUGACUCGUGGCUUUGCCUCUACCUUCACGGGACACCCAUCAUAUAUUCCCAAGCCUGGGUUUGGUCUCGGCCCCACACCGCGCGAGGGGCGCAUGUUUGGUAUCAACCAUUGGGCAGGCCAGGUGUCAUACGACGCCACCGACUUCCUCGACCGCAACGCCGACGUGCUCGACAAGCAGCUUGUCAACCUCCUCCGCGGUUCGGUGGACCCCUUCAUCACCAAGCUGGUGUCGGGACCCGCUCUCGCUACGGAGGGACACCCGUUGGAUUCCGAGAUUGUCGUCGAGGCCCAGGUAUCCGUCUCGCCUCUGCGUACCCCCACCGCCGUCGAUGCCCACCGCAUGGCUGGCACUCCCGCGCAGAAGUCGGCUCACUGGCCCAUUGACGACGGGUGCCCUCAGCCGGUCACGGCGCAGAUCAACGGCACACUGUCCACCCUGUUCGACACAAUUGACCGCACACGCGUCUGGGGUGUGCACUGCUUGCGGCCCAACGACUCCGGUCACGCCAACUCGUUUGACAGGCGACGCAUCAAGGCACAGGUCCGCUCGCUUCUCCUACCCGACCUAAUCAACCGCCGUCAAAUUGACUACGUCGCUGAAAUUCCUCUGGAGGACUUCUGCGUCCGCCACUCGCUCCCCGCCGAUAACGUGCACGAGCACGUUGAAGAGUUUGCGCGCUCGCAUGGCUGGAUGCCUGGAGCUGACUAUUCAAUCGGCAACAGCCGGGUGUGGCUAUCGUUCUCGGCAUGGCGCGAGCAGGAGGACCUCAUCCGCGCCACCGAGUCGCGUCGCGGCAGCGGCGAGGAGACCUUGACCGACGAGGAGAAUACUUACCCUCCGCACCAGCAGUUUGACUCGCGAAUGGGCAGCAGCGUCGGGCACUACGGUACCACCGAAAGCAUGGACAACUUGCUGGCGCGCCAGGGGACACAGGGCACCCAGGGGUAUCGCGGGUACGACAGCUACGGUGCCAGCCCCGAACCCGGGGCUGACGGCAUAUACGCUGCUCGGGGCGGCCAGUUCUCCUACGACGAGCUGCCUGAAGCAGAGAAAGCAGGGCACGCUGGUGGCGACACUUUGGCGCGCAGCGACACAAAGGGCUUUGUCACGAAAGAAAAGAAGCACCACACGACCGAGGUCAUCGCUACGUCGCGGGCGCGCCGCUGGUGGAUUUACAUCACGUGGAUGUUCACCUGGUGGAUCCCAAGCUUCCUGCUCAAGUCGAUUGGUCGCAUGAAGCGUCCUGAUGUCCGCAUGGCCUGGCGCGAAAAGGUCACCAUCUGCAUGAUGAUCUUCAUCGUGUGCGGCACCAUCAUCUUCUACAUUAUCGGGUUUGGCCGAAUCCUCUGCCCCGACAUGGACAAGGCGUGGAACAGAGUGGAGCUCGCGACGCACCAGGGCGAAAAUGACUAUUUUGCAGCCAUCGCGGGCAACGUCUACGACUUCACAAAGUUCUGGGAUAACGAUCACUCGGAUGUUGCCUCGCUGACUGUCUCGGGCGAUGUCAUGAUGCAGUUCGCCGGCGGAGAGCUCACUCGCUACUUCCCCAAGCCGCUGUACCAGGCAUGCCCGCAGCUUGUUGACAACGACCGGCUCGUCCUGCAAAUGGCCAACUUUACUCCUCUCGACCCGCGGGCUGUCCACACUUCGGGCCCACUACAGAGUGUCCCAGAGACCGCCAUGACGAAUCCCCGAUGGUGGUGGGAUGACCUCAGCCCGUUCCUAAAGAAGAUCUACAAGGGCCAGCUCGUUUGGACCAGGGGCGAGAUUGAAUCGGGCGCCAAGGACGAGGACAAGAAGUAUUGGGUCGUUUACCACCGAAAGGUGUACGACAUUUCGGACUAUGUGGCUACACUCAGCCUCUACGCCGGUGCGGCCAACGAUGGAUACGCCUUCCUUAACAGUGAGAUCACCAAGAUCAUCCAGCAAAACACUGGUCGAGACGUCAGCACGCAGCUUGAUGAGGUGCUCGCGGGCCUCUCACAGGAGGAAGCAGACAACAACAUGAACUGUCUUGACGCUGUUUUCUACUACGGGAUCAUUGACUUCCGUAAGGACGCCAAGUGUACCGUGCAAAACUACCUCCUCAUGGCGUUCGCCAUCCUCAUCAUGGUGACGAUCGGUGCAAAGUUCCUCGCUGCACUUCAACUCGGCGGCAAGCGCAACCCGGAGAUGCUGGACAAGUUCGUCAUCUGUCAAGUGCCUUGUUACACUGAGGGAGAGCAGUCGCUCAAACGGACAAUCGACUCGCUGGCUGUCCUCGAGUACGACGACAAGCGCAAGCUCAUCUUCAUUAUUUGCGACGGGAACAUUAUUGGUGCAGGCAACAAUCGAACAACGCCGCGUAUCGUGCUCGACAUCCUCGGCGUCGACCCCAAGCUGGACCCGGAGCCGCUCAUGUUCAAGAGUAUCGGUGACGGCAGCAAGAAGCUCAACUAUGGCAAGAUCUACUCCGGUCUGUACGAGUACGAGGGUCACGUCGUGCCCUACGUCGUCGUUGUCAAGGUUGGCAAGCCUACGGAGACGUCCAAGCCUGGUAACCGUGGCAAGCGUGACUCACAGGUGCUCCUCAUGCAGUACCUCAACCGCGUCCACUUUGACGCACCCAUGUGCCCACUGGAACUUGAAAUCUACCACCAGAUGCGCAACGUCAUCGGUAUCGACCCCACAUUCUACGAAUACAUCUUCCAAGUCGACGCCGAUACGACUGUGACGCCCGAGUCGCUGAACCGUCUCAUCUCGUGCACCACCGACGACUCGGCCAUCAUCGGUAUCUGUGGCGAGACGCGCCUCGAGAACGAGCGCGAGUCGUUGACGACAAUGAUCCAAGUCUACGAGUACUAUAUCUCGCACCACCUGACGAAGGCCUUCGAAUCGCUCUUCGGCUCGGUUACCUGUCUUCCCGGCUGUUUCUCGGUCUACCGCAUCCGUACCGCCGACAAGGGUCGCCCCGUCUUGAUCUCGUCCAUGAUCAUUGAUGAGUACUCUGAGCCUAAUGUCGACACGCUGCACAAGAAGAACCUCUUCUCGCUCGGAGAGGAUCGCUACCUCACGACUCUUAUGAUGAAGCACUUCCCGACCUACAAGAUGAAGUUUACACCCGACGCCAUUGCCCAUACCGUCGCGCCGUCGCGCUGGAAGGUCCUGCUCUCUCAGCGUCGUCGCUGGAUCAACUCGACUAUCCACAACCUCGUCGAGCUGCUCUUCCUCCCCGAGAUGUGCGGCUUCUGCUUGUUCUCGAUGCGCUUCGUCGUCUUCGUCGACCUGCUGGGUACCAUCAUCCUGCCAGCGACGUGUACGUACCUGAUCUACCUCAUCGUUGUGUGCGCGACCAAGGCUGCCCCGAUCCCCUACAUCUCCAUUGGCAUGAUUGCGGCCGUGUACGGUCUGCAAAUGAUCCUCUUCGUGCUCAAACGCGAGUUCAUGCUUAUCGGUUGGAUGUUCGUCUACAUUCUCGCCUUCCCGGUCUACUCGUUCUUCCUGCCCUGCUACUCGUUCUGGUCCAUGGACGACUUCUCCUGGGGUAACACGCGCCAGAUCGUCGGUGAGGGUAGCAGCAAGACGGUCGUGAUCGAGGACGAUGAGGUGUUUGAGGAGUCGACCAUCCCUUACCGCACCUUCAAGGAGUACGAGGCCAACGCGUGGGAGACAACCUCGCUUCCCUCAGACAUGGAGAAAGACGAGUACGCUCCAUCGCAAUCCUCGCGGGCGCGUGGACGCAAGCGCUUCGCACCUUCUGUGCACUCGAGCAACUCGCACUCUAACCUCGUCCCCGGCUCGGGCUACUCAUCGCGCGGGCCAUCCCCGCUCCCGCAGUACCCGCAGAUGGGUAUGGGCGGCGGCGACUGGCGCACGGGUAGCGUGUAUUCGCAACCGUUUGCGCCACCGCCCAUGGCGUUUGGGCCCAACCCAUUCGACUCUCCCGGCAUGGGCUCUGACAUGGCUUCCCUCCGCCCCCCAACCGUCUUCACGCAGGGCGGCAUGAUGGGUCCGGGCUACGGCAUGCGCGGCUCAACCUACUCGCUCGCUACGACAGCGAACCCCUUCCAGAGCGGCCCGGCGCCUAACACGGACCCCAGCCCAACGGACGAGACGGUGCUGUCGACGCUGCGCACCUACCUGAAUUCGCAGGAUCUGAUGACUGUCACGAAACGGUCAGCCCGCGAUGCCAUGUACGGACUAUUCCCCAACGCCAACCUCAAGGAGCGCGCGGCGUGGCUGAACGAGAACAUUGACAAGAUCUUGAGCGAGCCUUAGCCCGCCAGGGACACAGCAUCAUGCACCAUCCUUCCAUAGACUACAGUACGAAACGACACGACGCAAUGGACACUACUUCCGAUGUCGAGAGACGCACACCUUUCUCUAGC